UUGUGUCUCGGAGAAAGAGGAAAUAAUUCCGGCAUUUAGUUUAGCGCGCAGAUUAGUCAUAACCUGCCUCCUAGAUUAUCGUUUUUCGCACGAGUUCUAUUUUAUUUUUAUGUCACUUUGAUUUUAUUAUUCCCUAUCAACUUUGUUUAAUCAUGGGUAACGGUGUUAGCCGGAUCUUCAAUUUUCCAAAUAUAGAUUUUAGAACUAACAAUGAAGUUUCAAAUGAUAUGUCAGCUGAAAAGAAACGGCUGAUGAAACUCAACUUUCCAAUAGAUGAUGCUAAGACACUGCCAUCAACCACUGAGAUGCAAUCACCACAAGUUUUAACUGGACGCCCAAAUUUGCCUUUACCAUUGAAAAAAAUUCCUGUUAAAUAUGUACCACUUCCACAAGAAACUUUACCAGAUAAAGCAAGAGAAAAAUUUAAAAUGUGCCAAUCUAUGCAAAGUACAGGAAAAUUACAACUUAGUCCAGACACAGUAUAUGAUUUUACGAGUGAAGAUUUACUUGAUUUAGGAGAAAUUGGUAGAGGAGGUUUCGGAACUGUAAAUAAAAUGGUUCAUAAAAAAAGUACUACUGUUAUGGCUGUGAAGAGAAUUCGUUCUACUGUGGAUGAAAAAGAACAAAAACAAUUAUUGAUGGAUUUAGAAGUUGUAAUGAAAUCAAAUGAUUGUCCUUAUAUUGUGCAAUUUUAUGGAGCUUUAUUCAAAGAAGGUGACUGUUGGAUUUGCAUGGAACUAAUGGAUACCUCAUUAGAUAAAUUUUAUAAAUUUAUACAUGAGCUUUUACGUGAUAGGAUACCUGAACCAAUAUUGGGAAAAAUUACAGUUGCGACUCUAAAGGCUUUGAAUUAUUUAAAAGAAAAAUUGAAAAUAAUUCAUCGCGAUGUAAAGCCUAGUAAUAUUUUAUUAGAUCGACGAGGUAAUAUUAAGCUUUGUGAUUUUGGUAUCUCUGGACAGUUGGUCGAUUCAAUCGCAAAAACGCGUGAUGCUGGAUGUAGACCGUAUAUGGCUCCGGAAAGAAUUGAUCCUCAACGUGCACGAGGAUACGACGUAAGAAGUGAUGUGUGGUCUCUUGGGAUAACAUUAAUGGAAACAGCUACAGGAAAUUUUCCUUAUCCAAAAUGGAAUUCGGUAUUUGAACAACUCUACCAAGUUGUUAUGGGUGAUCCACCAAGGCUAUCAUCUAAUUCUAAUGGUGGUACCUUCACAGCCGAUUUUGUUGAUUUUGUAAAUACAUGUUUAAUAAAGGAGGAAAAUCAACGUCCAAAGUACAAUAAACUUUUAGAACAUGAAUUUAUACGGAAUUCUGAAAACGCAACGAUAGAUGUUGCCGGUUACAUUGAUAAAAUUAUGCAUCAAAUGGACAAUUAUGGUGUGACCCCUUUCACCACAGAUCAGCCUUAAAAAAUACCAGAUGCAAUAGUAAAAAAUUGAAAAUAAUGUAGGAAAAUAUGUAGGAAAAUGGAGGGAAUGUCGAAAAGGUGAAAGUGUGUACAGUCCGUGUGAGAAAGGUAAGAAGACGAAAUAACAAAAAAAAUCAUGAAACUGUUCCUUCGUUGAUACAAUCCUGCACCCAACUUAUAGUCUCAGCAGAAUAAGAGAAAGAACGCUCCAACUUAGUGUAAUUGUAAAAAAGUAAAAAAAUAAAUGAAUAAGAAUAUUGCGGAAUCGUAGUACCUUGUAAAAUGUACUCGUGUACAAAUUUAGAAGCAUAUGAGUAAACAUUAUAUUACACUAAAAAUGUAACGUAGUAUCGUCUUGUUUGAAGGCGAUCAGUGGAUUUCAUUUUUAAAAAAGUUCAACCGAUGAAUUUCAGUUGCACGCUGAAUUGGAAUGGGAAAUCAUAUAUUAUAUAGAUAUAGAAUAAAAAAAGGUGACGAUAAAACAAUCGAGUUUUCUUCAUUUAAGGGAAUUGUAAAAUGCUAAAAUUGCAAUCAGUCGAGUACUUCAUCGGUUUUUCGUAAAUUUUAUGUGCAAAUAAUUGCUUGAAAAUCAUGCAUUUACUUUAAGUGACGAGUUUUAAAUAAUCGAUCGAAGCGCAAUAAUAACACUGCGAUAUACAAUUAUGAAUAACAAUAUUAUUUUCAAGCUAAAGUGUUAUAUUCGAGGUAUACAAAUAAUAUCAAUGAUGAAUCUGGAUUUUAUAAAUUGAUAUCUUAAUAACAAUAAUAAAAUGUGUAUGUGCCUAUGGAAAAACGACGAUUCGUACAACUCCGUUUUCCAUGCGCACAUACGCGAGUACUCACACCAAAUAUAAAUGACUCAAUAUGCCUUUUUCUCGAUCGCAUAUUUGUGUGUAUUGCGAGAGUGGUUAAUAAAAAAUACGAAAUUAUUAAUCAUUUCCCGUUCAUUGGGUGUGCGCAUUAUAUUAUUUGAAAUACUUGAUGCAUAAUUGAGAUGUUGUUUUGUGGCAAAGAAUGGAAAAGAAGAGUGUACAUACAAAAAUUAACAUUCCAUAAGUUAAGAAUUCAGUUUUUAACUCUGUAUUUUUUUUUAAUGUUGCAUUAGAGUUUAUCGUAAUGUAAGUCAUACUUAUAUUUCUCUGAAAAAUGAUUGCUUGAAUUUUGCCUUUGAGAUGCGUUCUUAAAUUGGUUUGCUUAAAAUCUGUAAGAAUGGAAAGUGGAGGCAUUUAUUUCAUGUGAAAAAAUAAGUAAAAUAGAUCUCACUCGAUCUCUCAGUAAUAGUGGAAAUGUCUAGAAGAGAACAAAAAUAAAAAAAACGAAAAGGGUAACUGCAUCGACGAGCGUAACUGCGAAAGCGCAUCGCACUCGCAAACGCUAGAUAAAAUGUGUAUGUAAUAAGCGCAAUCGUACGCAACUAUUGUACAUUUAAGAAGAAAGGAAAAUAAACGAUUUAACAAAAGCGAC